AUGUCGACCUCCAACAUCGACGCGCUCCCUUACUACGACAAGCAGGUCGAGGACCCAGCUGUCAAGGCCCGCGCCCAGGCGCUCAUCGAAGCCGAGCUGAGGUCGACCCCAGUGGUCAGCGACGAUGACCCGAGGUUGCCGGCGAACGUUGACGUCUUCCCUAAAAACGCCGCUCUGGCAUCGCUGUUGGACAACUAUGCCGAGGAGCCGAUCCGCGCCAUCGAUGCGAGCAAGUACAACCCCCCCAGCGUGGCCGAGGGCGCGAGCUUGGAGGAGCUGGCGGAGGCUGUGAACAGGGGACGGAUAGGCGAGGGUCACAUGUCGCUGAGGAAUGAGAACGUCGGCGUGCUGCAGACCUACGGCCCCAACGCAUGGCUGGUCCGCAACUACCAGCUCAACUCGCAGCUCACCGAGCUGCAAGGCACCCUCACCAACCUCAAGGAGCAGGUCACCGAGGUGAACCGCGCCCGUAGGGUGUAUCAGGAGGAGCAGGGCGAGCACCUCGGCCGUCUCGAGAACCGCUGGGGCGACCUCGUGAGCAGCUCUGUCCAGCUCGAGAUGGCGUGCACAGCCAUGAACAGUGAGGUCGCUGGCCUGCGUGAGCGUGAGGCCGAGCUGCGCGCCGAGGUUGAGGCGCUCGAGGCCCAGGCAUAG